CAGCCGUUCUGGACAUCCAGGGUUGAUUGCGCCUUUAGACUUUGCCAACGCCUCCUAUAACCUACACACUUCAAGUCAUGCGAGUAAAGUAACCUCCGGCAUUUGUCAUAAUAGAGCCAUAUAUUCCAAGUCUCUUUGCUGCCCAGGUCUCUCCCAUGACACUUCCUUCAUCUCCCGUUCAGCCCACCCUACCCUACACUCGCCCUUUCAUCUUCAACCCAUCCCCAUCGGGAUCAACAAACAAUGCCGAGAAGAGGCCGUGGAAGGUGCGGAAAGAAAACCGACUCUGCAAUGCAGGACACCAACACUCCCCGUCACUCUGGCUUUCCUAAAUUCCCUCCCGGUUAUCACCCUGGUUUUUUCAAACAUCAAGAGCCCAAGCCUAGCGAGCCCCGUCCUGUGGUAUCCGGUUCGGCAUCCUUUGGGCCUAUCGCUCCUGGUCGUGACAAAUGGAUACCUCGCGGGAGGAGAAACCCAAAAGAAAAGGGUGAAGAGUUCGUUGCGGAGAUUGAUGAUUCCUUUUCAUCGAACCCGCCACAGCCUAUAAGCCAGAAGUGCGAGUCUCCCGCUCCUACUCGUGGCGGAUACAUCCCUCCUCACCUGAGGAACCAAAGGGAUAAAGAGCUUGCUGCGGAGAUUUGUGAUCGAUUUGCGUCGAGUCCGUCACAGUCUCCGAGCCGGAAAUGUGGAUCUCCUGCUCUUGCUCGCAAAGAUAAAGAGCACGCUGUGGAUAUUGAUUCUUUGGCACAAAGUCCACCACUCUAUCCAUAUAGGGGUUAUCUUCGUGCUCUUAGAAGGUACGAGCCUCUCUCCCACCCUGACACGGGUCGUGUGAGGUGCCAAAAGGAUAAAGAGCACGUUGCGAUGAUUUAUGAUUCCUUUGGAUUACCUGUACUGCCUUCUUCAGACCAAGAGGGAAGUCUCAGCGGGUGGGCGGAGUUCGAGAACCCCAGUUCUCAGCCUUAUACUUCGUGGAGAUCUAGGGCUGCCGCGAGAGAACAUGAUACCCAAAUGCAGUCAUGGACUUCCGCUAGUAAAUGGACGCCUCGAAAGGCCGAGGCGGUUACUGCUCGAGAAGAAGCCUCAAGCGAGGUUACUGAGCCCGUUGCACCCGCACCGACUGAGGCUACUAACAGACCCGCUAUCCCCGAGCCUAGAGAAGAACCCUGCCAGGUAGCUACCAGGUACGUGAGAACAAAUGCCCACACCGGCUACAUACCCAACAUAGCAGAUAACCGUGGAAUCCACAGCCCCUACGGCGGCAGAGCAAUCGAAGUCCUGAUUGGACGCAAACGGGAGCGAUAUAUCGUUCCCAGCAACCUAGCCCGCCAGAUUCCCUGCCUCAGGCCCGGCUGUGAAUUCAAUGGGAUAGUGUACCUGCCUAAUGUCAACGAAGAUAUCGGACACACAUUCAUGCAUUUCCUCUACACGGGCGAGUACGAGACCGCCAAAUCACCCUCGGCUACAGCAUCAGCUACAGCCCCAGACGACACCACCGACCCCCAAACCGAAUACAACCGGAGUGUCCUGGCGUACCAGGCUGCGAUAAGCUGCGGCUCGGGGCUUGAGGGACUCGCCGAACAUGCCAAGGAUCGCAUGUACCUUCUCUAUGAUCAUAUCCCCAUCUUCGACAUCCUCUCGCUGGGUCGGAGGACCCUCGCCACAAUUGACGACGCGUGGUUCUCCAACUACCUCACUGACAGGAUCAUCGAAAGAUUCGAGGAAGACGAGGGGAUUUUCGUGGACAAAAAGUUCUUGGAAAUGUUUGGGCAGGCCGUUGAGUUUGACAAGUUCCUUGCCCAGGUUAUGGCCAAGGCAUAUGAGACGAAACUAGAUUCGAUUCGAGACGAGGCGCACUCGGCAAUCGUGGAAGCCCAGUCGAGAGAAGACGUCUGGCGAGAUUGGGAGGAGCUCUCGGCCUACGAGAACGAGGACGAGGACGAGAACGACAGUACCAAGGAUAAGAAGGACGAACAGGACAACAAUGACCAGGAGGCUGAACACAAGCCAGAGACAGAAGAGCAAGAGCCAUCCGAGGAAGCCAAGCUAACACUAUCCUCGGAUGCUGAGAUGACCUCUGAUGAGAAUGAGAACGAUAGCUGGAAGCCCGACCCGGCUUCAUAUGACUCUUCGGACAAGAUUUACCCUAUGCACUGCCCCAAAUGGCGAGAGCACUUUUCCGAUGAGAGCUGCCACUCUUGCAACACGUACCUUGAGAGUGUGGAAGUCGAUCCGCGUUGGUGACUGGUGGGAAUUACAGAAUGUCAGGGCUGUCAGGGCUGUUGCUGUUGGGUUUGUGUGAUGGGAUUUGUUAUUGGAAUAAGAUGAUUUCUUGCUUUGCUUUAAGUAGCAUGCGAGUUGAGUUCUGGGUAGCUGCGAAAAACAACGCAGAACGUUAUCUGGGCUUCAUGCAGUCGUCAGACCAAGGUAGUCAUCACAGCACAUGAUCAUAUUUGAGGAACGCCGAUGCCUCUAUCGGGGUACCUGCAGGGAUACUUGGUCAUUGACCAUAGUAGUCUACGAGCAAGAGUGAGAAUCAGCUGAGCGAAUGCAACCAAGAGAAUCCCAUCCUAGGCAUGUCAAUUGAGCCGUAGCAAAGUGACCGAAGUGUAGGAAUGUUCCGCCGUGUAUCCUACCUCACCUGAACCAUAUCAGGUGCCCCGACCAAGAAUCUGGCCAGGCACUAGCAAAUAGAAGCUAUACCCUGGGUAUGUUUUCUCUCGACUCCUGUACCAGGUCAAUCAUGCUGAGUACUGCAUUGCAUAUCUGUGACAUGCACAGGCUAUACUGGCUGGCCGUUGCCCUCUGUAACCUGCCCCUAGAUAGCGCCGAGGUCACGAGGAGGUACACAGGAUGCCCCGGGGAGAUUGAGAAGCCGAAAGUGACCUGGUUCUGGACCGGAGUGUUCGGGCUAGACCAUCGGCAUGCCGCAAGGGGUGUAUGUGCAUGGGUGUGUCAGCAGGCGCCGGGAGACAUCGAGGUUCGAGCCGUCCGUCCGUUGGUCGCGGAGGAAGAAGGAAGGGUAAUUCCUCAAGGGCAGACGAAGUGCUGUGCUGCGAGGGGGCACAAGUCCCGUGCAGGUGUCGUUACACUGCUGCGCUGCUACGCUGCAUCUCGGGUUCAGGCAACGAAUUGGGUUGAUUUUGGUGAGACCUGCGUAACAUUAGCAUUCGAGGGGCUGCGAGGGACAUGAUAUCGCCACCGCUGGAGGAGGAAUUGAACAGAGGUGUAGCCGGACGAAUGAGUGAAAUGAGUGGGCGAAGUGCUUGAGAUUGGACUCGAAGGAUUCCUCGCUUGCCGUAAACAAGCGGCUUCAACUGGGAAGUCUCAAGCGGUUCGCAAGGGACGAUGGCGUUCGAUGCUGCUCGAUGGAUCGAAGCACGAGACCACCUGAAAAAAACUGAUUCCUUGGUCGAAGAGGUCCAGAAGGAAGGCGCCCAGGCAAUUCAGGGGCACGCUGCGAUCUGCCCAACAGCUGGAGAAUGAAGCCCGCUGCCCACGCUGUUGUGAACCUUUAUGGACAGGUCUGUACGAGGCAUCAGAAGGCAAGGAUUCCGUCUCGAAACUCACCACCAAGAACGGUCAUUGAGAUAAGCCUCCUUGUCCAAGGUUGCGAAGCAUGCCAAUAAACUCCUCCCUGGUGCUUGCGUUUCCAGGGCGUUCUUGACUGCUGAUCUACCCACAGCUCUGGGCAAAAUAAGGCGAUGUGAGAGGGUGCGUGGCUGGCGGCCUGCGAUGGCUCAUAUGUGACUAAAAUGACGAGAUCGAGGUUAAAUUCGAACCCUUCUAGAAGGACGCGGCAGUGGACUCCUUCGUGGGGGAGCAGUUGCAGCAGCUUGCAUGUCGGGCAUUUUCUUAGAUGGGACAGGGAUGUCCGAUGGAGUUGCUAUGUGUGGCGCAUCCGCGUGUUGCGCUGCGAAUUGUCUUGAGUCUCUUGUUUGUCUUGCUCGUUCUUGGCCGUCAGGUUGAGGGAGGCUGAGAUUGAGAGCUGAUAGGUUCGUGGAAGCGAUGGCUUUAGGUAAGAGACUGGGAGGAGUCGACAAGACCUCGUGUGGCUGCAGCUCCCAGGAUGUUGAUCACAGUGGUAAUCCCUUGGGACGAGAUGCAUGACAGUCGCACAUCUUGCAGCCUCUGCUUAUGAGCGACACUGGAGAAGAGUUCCAGAAGACGUCCAAGACACUGUCAUACGGUGUACCGAUGUACUGAUUGUCGCUGAAGUCUUGGGAAUUUUAUUUCUAUUUUUUUUUUUUUUGCAGCGCCAACCGGGGCAGUCAACCCGAGAGCAGGAAGGAUAAGAUUGAUGACGCGAUUUUAACCUUGAUGAUGUUAUCCCAAAUGGUGGAGAAUCCUGCAGGGUUUGUUGACUUGGCUGAAGGCCUGCAUCUUGGCCGGGCACGAGAGGAAUCAGCAUCGUGAAAAAGAAAAAAGUACAGAUGGCUCCAUUCGAGUGACGACGGCCGUUUCAUUAUUGCGAUGGCCUGCGUCGU